CGAAGCCAAGAGGUGGAGGCAGGUGUCGGGACGAGAGGUGUGUGGCGCGGUAACUGUCUCUCUCUACCGUCUAGUUUACUCUUGGUUAACUACUGUAUGGAGACUUAACUUGUUACACCUACACGCAAGAAUGCAGCAAAACACAUUAACCACCACCCUUGGGUUUGGGACUGCCGAGGGAGGUGGCGAUGGUGUUAUACAAGACUUGGAGGUAGCAGGACGACUCGUUGAUAAACAUCUAAGCUACGACUCCGGCUUCCCAUCACUCUUGGAUAGGCUGAGAAUAUCCCCUCAAGGUUAUGCAACAGUGAGUGGUUUAAGUGAGAGUGACUACCCCAACAGUGGUGAUGCUCGCUCGGUCCGUCACCUCCACACCACUCGCAAGGUGCCGCUUCCCUCCGAACUCAUUCACCACUUUCAGCAUAUGCAAUGUAACUGCAUGAUGGGACUGUUUCCCGAGAUCAACAGGGCCUGGCUCACAAUUGACAGUGAUAUCUAUGUGUGGAUAUAUGAAGAUGGAAGUGACUUGGCUUAUUUUGAUGGACUUCAUGAGACUAUUAUAAGUGUGGGAUUAGUAAGACCAAAGGCUGGGGUGUUUAAGCCCUACAUAGAACACCUCCUCUGCCUAACAACAACCUCUGAAAUUGUCCUAUUGGGAGUUUCUUUCUCACAGUCCAUAGAUGUCGAAGGAAAUUGCGGUAUGCAUCUGUUACCCGAGCCACUGUUUUCCGUACCGACUGAUGGGUCCUACAUCCUCACCAUCCGCGGUACCAAUGACGGUCGAAUCUUCAUGGGGGCCAAAGAUGGAUGCUUACAUGAAUUAGUUUACCAGGCUGAGGAUGGGUGGUUUAGUCGAAAAUGUCGGAAAGUGAACCAUUCAAGAUCGGUAAUCUCGAACCUGUUUCCCUUCCUGGCUUUCUCUGAGGAUGACCCGAUUAAUCAGGUGGAAGUGGAUGACAGUCGGCAUAUCCUCUAUACCCUCAGUGAUAAAGGCACUAUCACAGUGUAUGAUUUAGAUUCAGAUGGCAAGAGCAUAUCUCGGGUAACAUCAGUCCCUCAUAACAACAUCAUGAAUGCUGCACUCCAGGUUGCUAAAACAGUUGACAAAGCUAAUUUUAAAGGUGUGGUGAGCCUGUGUCCAAUAAGCACCAGUGAGUCAACGCACAUACACCUGGUGGUAGUGACAGGUACUGGGGUCCGACUGUAUUACACAACAAUACCACUUAAUGGUGGAGCAAACCAGCGACCCUCCCAGUUGACAUUACUUCACGUGCGUCUCCCUCCUGGCUAUGCUGCUAAUGCCACCGUUUAUAGACCAACAAAGGUUCAUAAAGCUUUAUAUUCACAUGGGACUGGUGUUCUGUGUUCCAAUGAAAGCAUCGAGGCAAAUACAGUUUGGACAAUGAGUAGUGACCAGUAUCCAUAUCACCCUACAUUAGCAGAGUCUCAGAGCACACACACAGUUGAUGGAUAUGUAUGGGCCCUGGCAGAUGUCACCCCAGAGCUCUGGUGUUCUGCUUUCAGUCCUCCAACAACUCAGGGCACGAGACCACCACUUCUUGUCACCCAGCAUCAGCAUGCACCUAGACAAUUGGUAUUGCUGUCAGCCAAUGGGGCACACAUUCUUACUUUCCAACGGCCGGUUGAUCAGCUUCGACAGCUUCUAGAAGAAUUCAGUGGGGCCGAGGCAGCAGUAGUUAAAGAUUUCUUUACUGCCAUGACACCAGCUCAAGCUUGUGCCACUGCCUUAAUUAUAGCGACUGAUCCUAACAGACAAAACAUUCAGGUAGCUGAGAGGGCCACCCGUGCUUUGUUCUUGUAUGGUGCUAAUAUACCCCAAGCACCAUCCACUCCCAUACCUCCCCAGAUGCCAUCCUACUAUAAUUUUGCUCCGACCCAAAUGUCAACGCCCCUGCCUGGCCCAAGUGUACAUACAGCUGUUGGCCAAGACACACAGUUUUCACCGUUUCACAAUGCACUGUAUCUUUAUUUAGCGCGAAUCUUAAGACCUGCUUGGUCUACCCCAUUAGCCAAGGAAAUGGUAGUUGAAGGGAAUACUGUGUUGGUGAGCACCAUGACUACUGAGGAGAUUGGUUUUCUGGCCAGUCAAGUGGAGUUGUUGGCCAAGUUCCUCGUCACAAACCAAGGUGGAGCUGCCCGAUUCCAGCCAUUAAACACAUCGAGCACAAAUGUAACUAUGACGAGGUACAUUGGAGAUAGGUCAGAGCGUGCCUCACUAUUGGCUCUGAGAUCUCUCUUGGAUCAAGCACUGGAGGUUCUUCGUCUACUGGCAAUCCUUACCACUCACAACUUGACCACCAUCACCUCAACCAUGCAGAAAGAAGUGAAGGAACAGCUACGAGCCAUGACCUUACGCGACUUGGUGCUGACUGGUCGUGAGGUUUGUCGCAGCCUUAUCAUGGCUUUGUUAGACAGGUACCAUGGAGACAAUGCAUCAGCUGAUGCCAUAUCUGAGCGACUGCGGGAAAUUUGUCCUGGGCUGUACCGCAUAGAAGAUGCUAAAAUAGCCAAGGUCAAUGAGAUCAUCCUGGCUGCUAAAGCCACUAGCAACAAGGCAGAGAAGGACCAGGGUUUCAAGGAAGCUGUGGCGCUGUGUAAGCAAAUUGGUCAUCAUGUGAAUGUUAAUGGCAUCGGUAGCCAACUGGCCAGUGGAGGAGCGUAUGAAGGUGUGGUCGACCUGUGUCUUAGUGUGGCUGCCCAGAGAGAUCCAACUGGCUUAGCUCUCCACUACUAUAAGAAUAAUGAACCUACUGAUGACCAUCAGGGUUAUAUGGCCUUUACUACAAGGAUGGAAUGCUACAGUGUGUUAAUUGACCAAUUGAACCAGUUAGUAGGAUCUGUAAUCCCUACACCAGCGUCCCCAAGUGUACCCUCACGGCCCGGACCUCCCACACCGCCACCCUCCACACUACCCUCCACAGAUGCUACUCACUAUGCUAACCAGAUGAUGAAUUUAAUUGUAGCCAGCAGGGAUGAAUUGGCCCAUGUAACAUUAUACCAGUGGCUAGUGAACACAAAUCGCACAGAUCGCCUGCUAGCUCUCACCUCACCAUAUUUGGAGACUUUCCUCACACGCACCAAUGGCCAGGCACCCCUCAAUCACUUGCUUUGGCGACACUAUGAGAGGAAUAGAGAGUACUUUAAAGCUGCCAAGACUCUUCUCGUGCUUGCUGAACAAAUUGGAGACACAUCAUUCAGUGUGCGUGUAGAGUACCUCUCUCGAGCCCUUAUGUGUCUCAGCUCCUGUGAGAUGAAUACAGCCCCAAACUACUCUGACUUUAUGCUACACUUAGAAGAGAAGAAGGGGGUGGCAAGAGUACAGCUUAUGGUACUGCACGCACUAAAGUCCGAGGGAGCGGGUGAAGAUAUUAUUGCCCAGCUAAAUUCUUCCUUCCUCACCUUGACUGAUUUGUAUGAGAAAUUUGCUGAGCCUUGGUCACUGUGGGAGAGCAAGUUGGCUAUUGUUCAUUGUGCAGGACAUUCGGAGCCUCAACUAGUCCAGUCUAUUUGGAGCAAACUCAUAGAAAGUGAGUUAGAGAAGUCACGAGGGGUAGAGGUGGACACGAGGGUGGACUGUUUGGCCAGUAAGAUCAAGACUCUAGCCUGCCUCUAUUCAGCAAACCCAAGUUACUUCCCACUAGAGCACAUAAUAAAGGAGUGUGAAAUUCGAUCGGUUCAACUAAAAGCAGACACGUCCUGGGUUGUCAUUGCUCUCAAGGGCUGUGGAAUUCCUAUUAGCAAACUCAUCAGUAUUUACCAUAAAUUGUACCAUAGUGGAGACAGCGUGUGGGAGGUAGAGCGUUCACCUUACCAUCUACUGGGUGUCCUGGCUCACCUCAUAACCAUGCUCAUAGACAACAGUUAUUCUGUGCCACCUCAACAAAAACGAGCUCUUCGUGAACAGUGUCUGGACUAUGUGGCAGAAUAUUUAACCGACUUAAGUGCUUCAGCUGAUCCCAUGGCAGGUAUUAUAUCUGCUAACCUCAAGACCUGUCAGGCUAGACUAGAACGCUUUGUAUAAUUAUCUUUUUUUUUUUUUUUUUUUCAAUAUAUGUAUGAUACUGUAAAUGAAACUUAAGGGGUCUGUGUGAUAUUUUUAGGAGUGUGAAUGAAACAUGAUACCUGAUUAACUGUGUCAAGUACAACACUAAUGAAAGCAUUUUGGUUCUGAGAUUAUAUAUUGCUUAAACUAUUUGUAACUUGUAUUUUAGUUAGAUUUUCAUUUUUCUUAAAACUGUUUACAAUAAAAUACCUGUACUGUAAAGCCAACCCAAGGUAGAAGAGGGAUGUUUUUACUAUUGAGGAAAUCUACAAGCCGUAUGUAAUACAGAAGUUGAUUAGGGGUGAUUUUUUUUUGUACAAUUUUCAAAAUAGGAAUAGCAUUUGCAAUUUUCGAAAUAACAAUAAAGCAGUAUGACUGUUUAAUUGUCAUUUGGACUUGUGCUUCAUUUUUCAACUGUUUUGGUAGUUUUCACAAAAGUACUGUAAAAGGCUAUCUGAUUUUUUUUAUAUGUUAUCUCAUUUUAUUGGUGCAAUUGAAAAGUUUUUAUAUUUUUUUAAUGGUAGGUGUAACUUUAAGAUGUGAUGUUACAGCAUUUCACAAUUAUUUUAAGAGCUGUAUGCUGCAUUAUGAGUCAGUCCAAAAUAUAGACUUCCUCGUUUAAAUUUUACAUCAAGACUACAAGGAAGGCGUAGAAAAUGUGUUUUAUUUACGAAGAGCAUACCUGUAUAGCUGCAUCCUACUGUACUUUGAUGGGAAAACUUAAAACUUUGAUUUAAACUUUGCUAUAUAUAACACAAAAUAAAAAAAAUAGUUGAAAUCAUAUUGUGAAGAUGAUGGUGCCAGACUGUUUGAUGAUGAGUGCAGUGUGAUGAACUUGAGGAGGAAAGAAAAGAAAAAAAGAUGAUCAGGAAGA